CCAACAGAAAUGAAGAAAAUAAAAAGGCAGGCGUUAUCAUAGAUUUAAGCCUGAUCGAGUACAAAUAAAGCUGACACAAACGUGGCCAUGCCAUGCCCAUUUAGCCGAAAACGUCAAUGAUCACUGUCACCGCCGCUAUAGAUGUCAGUCACAUUCCUAUCAUAGAAGUUAACUCUUGCUAUCACUCCUUCGCCACUGCAAAACCAAAGCUUUACUUUUGAUUCGAGCCAAGAGAAGCAAACAAUACUGAAGCGGUGGAAUUAAUGGGUUUCGAAGAGGAAGAGGAAGAGGAAGAGAAGUGGAUUCAAUACUAUUCAUCAAACCAUCAAAUUCUGAUCGUCGGUGAUGGCGAUUUCUCAUUUUCAUCCAGUUUGGCGACCUCCUUUAGCUCUGCGUUUAAUAUCGUCGCCACUUCGCUAGACUCUUAUGAUGUUGUCGUCAAGAAGUACAAGAAAGCAAGAUCACAUUUGGAGCAUUUAACAAACCUGGGAGCAUCCUGUUUGCAUGGUGUGAAUGCAACCAUGAUGAAGAUUUAUUCUGAAUUGAGAAUGCGGAAAUUCGAUCGAAUUAUUUUUAACUUUCCUCAUGCAGGUUUUGGUGCAAGAGAAGACGAUACCCGUCUAAUUCACAAGCAUAGGUGUCUUGUUCAUGGAUUUUUUUUUAAUGCAAGAAGUAUGCUUCGACCCAAUGGUGAAAUUCAUGUAAAUCACAAGACUACACCACCAUUUUCCUGGUGGAACUUAGAGGAAUUGGCAGCCUAUAACUCAUUGUCUUUGAUGGAGUGUGUGGAGUUCAACAUUAAAGACUAUCCUGGUUAUAAUAAUAAAAGAGGAGAUGGUUCCAAAUGUGAUAAAACUUUUCGUUUAGGCAAGUGCAGUACCUUUAAAUUUGGACUCUCUAACUCAUCCCAUCCUAGAGCAACAACUUCAAGCUUUGAGAAAUUCCAUAGAAGAUUUGAGAAAUUCCAAGUACAAAAUCCGUCUAUUGACUUUGAUAGAUCUCAAAUGGAUUCUGUGAGAUUAACUUCGCCUCUGCCAGGUUUUGUUGGAGAGAAAAAUCUUAACUUCGAUCGGGUGAGAUUGCCACUAGAAGCUAGUUUCAGAAACAGGGAGGAUCAUCAAGGUAUGGUCUCUCCUGUCAAUGAAUUGAGACAUGAAAGAACAACACACCAUGGCAUUGAGAUGUUGCUUGAAUCCAAUCGAAGAACUUGUUAUGAUAUGAGCCCUUCUGUCAACGAAGCAAGGCGUAGUACUUUCAACAGCGAAACAACUACCAUGAUUCCUCGAAGAAUUUGGAACCCUGCCAACAUGCAUAAUAUUAAGUACCAAGAAUCUGAUCAAAGAACUUGCUACCCUGCUGUGGAUGAAUUGAACCGUGCCAACAGAAACAGCACAAGAAUGCGUCCUGGAAGAACCUUGAACCAAGGCAUUCAUAUGUGGCCCUGAAUUUUAUCAUGAAGAUACUCUUAGGAUUGUACGGGAAUCCAACAACUAAAGGUUACCGUUUUGAAUGUUAUCAUUGGGAACUACCUUGAUGAUCUUUUUUUUUUUUGAUGACCUUAUUUUGGGAUGUAGAUAUAGUGAACUGUGUACAUACACAUGUAGUAGUGAAGCUUAGAAGCUCGCCAGAGUAGUCGAGUGUGGUGGAUGCAGAUAUAGUGUACAGUGACUCACUAUUACCUGUGACUGGUUCUUCGUUGAUUGACUAAUAGCUAGAACAAACUUGUAUGCCUUGAUUGGUUAAAUAUAAGGGAAUUUACUCAUUUGGUAU